AUGACUUCAAUUAAACCAUUUCAGAUGGAGGAUUUGUUUGAGAUUAAUCCAAUUAAUAUUGAUCCUUUGACGGAGAAUUUCAAUCCAUCCUUUUAUUUUCAUUAUUUGACAGAAUGGCCAACGUUAUUCUUUAAAUCUGUAGAACCAUAUGAUGAUUUCGGACAGCACAACGAGAUUAGCGGAUACAUGAUGGGUAAAGUAGAGGGUCAGCUUAGUCGGAAGGAAUGGCAUACGCAUAUUACUGCUGUCACGAUCAGUAAUCAAUACAGAAGGAUAGGUCUAGCAUCCGAUUUGUGCCUACAAUUAGAAGAGCUUACCAAGGGAAAACCUUACGAGACAUUAUUUGUCGACUUAUUCGUCAAGGUAACGAACACUUUAGGUCGCCAAUUGUACGAAAAGCUAGGUUACAGUGUGUACCGAAGGGUAGUAGGCUAUUAUGGUCGGACGAUACCUGAAGAUCGGCUGAAGAUAGACGACGAAAUUGAUGCUUUUGAUAUGCGGAAGCUGUUACCAAGGGACGUGAAUAACGAUACAGUGAGGAAGAAUGGCGAAAAAGUGUGUGUUCUUCCGCAAGAGGUUGUAUUUUAG